AUGUCCUCCGGGGUGUCUUCACGAGCAAGAACGUCCGCCAUCCGCUGUCUCUCCAUUGUCAUCGGCGUCUCCGGGUUCCUCUUGAGCUUGCUAUCCGUAAUCAUCUCGCACUGUCUCCCGUCAUCCACCCCUCCUGGACGUUUAGAUAAUACCCCAGUAAUCUCCCCACGCACGCGCAAAUUCCUGAAACCAAAACCCCGCCGCAUGCGCUUUCCCGCUUUCCCAAAGCCUCCGGACCAUAUCCCCAUUCCCCAGCACCACCGCUCGUCACCGUUCUCGCAAACAGUCCCCGCUUCACGCUCUCUGCAUCACGCUUCGCGCUCCUUGUCUUCUCUCCCUUGCCAGGGAGGACUCUCGCGGAAUCCCCUCGCGCCAGCGGACCCGCCCGCCGUGCCGUCGCACCGUCCCUCGAAGUCGGUAUCCCACAGCCCGCUGCAGCACUACACCCCGCGGCUGCCCUCCCUCGACGAAGAGCCGCUGCACAAACCCCUCCCUGACCUCCCCUCCUCGCUCUCCUCGGGCAGUACGAAUUCCGCGCGUAUAGACGCGCAGACACAGCGCAUAUACCCACCGGCAAGCGCGGCUAUUGCAAGCGCGGGCACGCAUCGCGUACCACUCCCUCCGGUCAAGCCAGCCGAGAUGCUCGUCCAUCGCAGACCGCGUACCUUUUCGUCUCCCACCGUUCCCCCCCUACCUCCUCUUCCUCUCCCUCCCACUCUUCCCCCGCGAGGACACCGCGCCCGCGCCAAGACCGUCUCAGCUUCGAGCGCUAGCGCGCGCGCGCCCAAGCGGCGCACGAAGAGCCUCGAGAAGCUCAAGCCGCUCUUCCUCAAGAGCUUCGCCUCCCUGUCGGACCUGAAAGCACGGGACGUGCUGUAA